UAGAGCUCCGAGGUCGCAUCCAUGGCGAAUGCGACGCCCCCGACGACGCCGACGACGCCGCUCCUCCUCCUCCGCGGAGCCCCCAACGAGAGGAAGACGAGGACGACGGCGACGACGAAGAAGAAGAAGAAGAAGCCCCUCCGCGACCGCGCCUUCGAGAAGUGCUCCUCCCUGCUGCGGCGGCUGCUGCGGCACCGGCACGCGUGGCUCUUCGACGCGCCCGUCGACGUGCGGGGCCUCGGCCUCCGCGACUACUACGCGGUGAUCCGGAGCCCCAUGGACCUCGGCACCGUGCGCGCGCGCCUUGAGAAGGGGCGGUACCGGAGCCCCGGGGCGUUCGCCGCGGACGUGCGCCUCACCUUCCGCAACGCCAUGGCCUACAACUUCAGGGGCGACGACGCCUACGCCAUGGCCGAGGAGCUCUCCGAGGUGUUCGAGACGCGCUGGGCCGAGAUCGAGGACGAGUUCGGCGACGCGCUCGACUCUCUCGGCUCCGCAGCGGCGGCGGCGGAGGCGGAGGAUUCGUCGAGCUUGGAUUUGAUGGUUUUGGAGGGAAACGUCAAUGAGGAAGAGGCGCAUGAAGUGAUUUAUAUUGGGGAUGAGGAAGAGGAAAACAAAGCAGAUGUGCAGAAUUUGCCUUCUUCCUCUGUUGUUGGUGGGAUACAUCAAAUCGGCUCAAGCAGUGAUCCAGGAACCUCCUCUCGCGAUCCUGGCUGUGAUAUUCACCUGGAAAAUGGACCGCAUGCGAGCAAUAACGUAGAACUUAUCUGCAAGUAACUCAGAUGAUAUACCGUAUAUACUGCGGGAUGAUCGGCGUGUUGAGGAGUCGUUUUACAUGGUUCUGCCCAAUUGAGAAAGUCAGCUGUUAUUGAGCUUGUUUUACUGUGUUGUGUUAACUUUAAUAAGUACUCUUUCGUUAACUAGUUUAUGGGCAUUUCGUAAUUGCGUAUUGUUAAAUUAACUUAUCUGCUGUAGGGUUGUGUCCAUCUCAUUUGCGGAUCUAAAUUAUGUAAAUAUAUGUAUUUGGGUUGUGUUUUUCCUAUAUUGGAAUGACAUGUUUGACAUGGUUCUGUU